AUGCAGCCCCGGGGUUGAGGCAGCCCCAUGGCAAAGCCGGCGGUCCCGGCGACGACGGCGCAUGGAGAACUUCCGUAAGGUGCGCUCCGAGGAGGCGCCGGUGGGGGGCGGGGCCGAGGGGGGCGGCCCGAGCCCCGGCCCCUUUGCGGACCUGGCGCCGGGCGCUGUGCACAUGCGAGUCAAGGAGGGCAGCAAGAUCCGGAACCUGAUGGCCUUCGCCACAGCCAGCAUGGCGCAGCCAGCCACGCGCGCCAUCGUCUUCAGCGGCUGUGGCCGGGCCACCACCAAAACCGUCACGUGCGCCGAGAUCCUCAAGCGCCGCCUGGCGGGCCUGCACCAGGUCACGCGGCUGCGCUACCGGAGCGUGCGCGAGGUGUGGCAGAGCCUCCCGCCUGGGUCCACGCCGGGUCAGACUACUAGUGAGCCGGCCGCCAGUCUCAGUGUACUUAAGAAUGUUCCCGGGCUUGCCAUUCUACUUUCCAAGGACGCACUGGAUCCACGACAACCUGGCUACCAGCCUCCAAAUCCUCAUCCCAGUCCGUUUUCCCCGUCAACCGCGCCAACGUCCAAGAGGAGCCUAGGGGAGCCUGGAGCUGGAGAAGGCUCUGCGAAGCGGUCGCAGCCUGAGCCAGGAGCUGCGGACGAGGACCAGAAAGCCUGACUGAGAACUCCAGACUCCAGUCUUGGGGUCACCUAGACGGACAGUACCUUACUCCCGGCACCUCCUUCAGACGCACCUCCAGCCUUUCAUGAGUUGAGCAUCUGGAGCCCACAACCUGGACACAGCUCCUCAGACAGGUAGCAUGAACCCCCAGGUGACAAGAGAAGGGCCCCAGGGUCCCCUACAACAUGAGGAAGCUUAGUGGGAUGGGGACCCCUUACAGCUGUGCUGCAUGAAGACGUGGAACACCACCUUCCCCUGUUCUGGGCUAUACUGGGAACUUCUCCAGCAAGGGGAGGGUCGGCAACCUGGACUUUGAACCUUAUUUGGAACCCUCAAGGGUUAAAGACACUCGUUCUCCUGUAAUUUGGCCUGGAUCCUGAAGGGGACCUGAAUCCAAGAAGUCUGGGAGAGCUCUUUGAAUCACUCCCACCACAAAGAGAGGUGGGGCAAGGGGUCUGAGAUGUGGGGAUCCUAUUCUGCCCCCAACCCUGGGACAGUAUCCUUUCUAGUUUUCCUUCCCCUGCCUCUGAGGAGCAUCCUGAGAUUUCAGUGGUAGAGGCAUCUCUGGGGGCUCCACCCCUUUUAACAUCUCCAUUGCCUAUGCUGGCUGAGAGAGAGAACCCCAGUAUAGAACUCUCCAUGUGUCCUCCCCUGAGCCCCGCAGCUGGAAUCUUGCUUCCAAUAAAACAAACACAAAAAUG